AUGAACAUGACAGUACCAACAAUAAAACGAUUACAUUACUCUUUAGUAUCCAAAACUCAUUCGAACUCUUCUUCUUCUUCUUCUUCUCCUCAAACUCCUUUGCUUGUCAAGCCACAAUCGAUUAUUCUUGCAGAGAAAUAUCUCUAUUUGCUACAAAUCAUUCGAGACAUGCGUUAUGAUAUUCGUCGUUCGUAUGCUGGAAGUCGGACAAGUAUGGAAAAUCUACGAAAACGCGUUGGAAAAGCCAAGACAAUCGUUUUGGAAUGUAAAGAUCUCUGCACAAGACGAGAAUAUGAUCAUUGUCAAAUAUUAAUGCAAUAUCCAUCGACUACAAAAUAG